AUGGCACAUGUUCCCUGUUUAAUUACUGUCCAAGGAUGGAAGAAGUUUGUGUUAGUGUUGAUAUGUUUAUGUAUAUUGAUAUACUGUAUUACCUCACUCUUCUCACAUGAUCGUCAGAUGUGGGAUGUCAAUUUUAAUGAUUGGAAUGUAACAGGUGAUAACUGUGGGGUGACAUGUAAACCAGAACAACAUACUUUUUAUAUUAAAACUGGGGACUCCAACUUGUAUGGACCUACUAUUUGCUAUGAUGGAAAAAUAUAUAUAAGUAAUGAAUUAAAGAAUUAUGGAAGAGGUCUCAAUAUUUUACUCAUAGAUGAUAAAACAAAGAAAGUUACAGACAUAAGAUCAUUUGAUACUUAUGAAGACGAAGCUCCUCUGAUACGCUUUCUGAAGAAAACUGUUCCAGAAAAUGGGAUUAUAUUGGUUGCCAGUUUUGAUGAUGCUUCUCAAAAUUUAAAAGAAGAUAGUAGAAGGUGGUUAAAGUUGUAUGGUAGUAAAGCUGUAACUGAUCUUAGUUAUCGUGAAGGAUUUGUAAUGGUAGGACAACGUGGCUUGAAUGAAGGACUGGCUGUUGAAUUUGUAGUAAAGAAAAGAAAUGCAGCAUUCGCCCCUUAUGUAGAGAAAGCUGGUUGUUUUGAUAUUCCUUUGGGAGAACAACACAGUGUAGAGUUAUUAUUACCAGAUGUAUUAUAUAAACAAGAGAUUAGUAUGGGUGAAGUAUUAUUAAACUGUGGUUACGAGGGAGUAUGUCAGGCUGACAGUUUCCCUGUUCGUAUUGAUACAGGACAAUCUGAUAAAAUAUCAUUUCAAAUCUGUGUUAAUGGACAUGUAAUGAUGAGUGAUGCGCUGAAUAAAGGAGGUAGAGGUUUUAAUGUAUUAGUUAUAGAUUCUGUACAUCUACAACCAACAGCUACCAUUCAUGUUGAUACUUAUAAUUAUGACAGUACUGAUUUAGAAGUAUUUUUAGAAUCACUAAAUAAAGGUGAUAUUGUGAUAGCUGUAGUCAGAGACGAGGCCUCCAGAAAAUUAAGUCAUCCAGCUAAAGAAUUAUUAAAUAAACUAGGAAGCGGUCAUAUACAGAACCUGAAAUUCCGAGAUGUUUGGUAUUUUAUCGGUCAGAAUGGAAUUAAUGGUUUCACAACAUAUGAACAGAUAAGCUAUGCUGGUGUAGAUGGAGAAUGGCCAAAAGCUUUAGAGAAUUCCUUUUGUGUACCAAAGAAAAUAACUGGAAGACAGAUUAUUCCUGAUCCUGAAGUCCAUAGAAAUGAUGAAAGAAGAGGAUUCUGUAAAAAAUAUAAAGGAUAUUAUGAACUCUGUGAUCCGGCCCAUGUUGAUGAUAUUAUCACCCCAGUAAAGAUACUGAGUCAGCAAUUAGAGACUAAUAAAAUAUACUCUACCCCUAUACUUAUUAUACCAGGUAUGAAUCACAAUGCUCUAGUUAGAACUCUACAAACAACAUUGAUGCAACCAGGUAUCAAUACAGACUUUGUCACGAUAUUUUGGGAUGAAAAGUUUCCAGAGUAUGGGGAACUGGCUGGAUUGUUCAAAUUUCAAAACCAGUCUAUACCUGGUAGUCUUCGUUAUCAAGAUCAAGUGAUGAAAGCUAUUUCAGCUGGUUUAAGAUUAUUCCCUGAGAAGGAUUAUUUUAUAGUGUUAGAAGAAGAUUUAUUACUGACAGCAGAUUUCUUGAAUUUUAUGUCCCAAUGUGUAGAAACUUUAGGAAUGGAUGAAUCUCUUAUUGGAGUCUCAGCCUGGAAUAUCAAUGGAUAUGAUGAGUUAAGUGGGAACAACUCUUUAAUGUAUCGAGUAGAAGAAUUUCCAGGUCUGGGCUUCAUGAUGAAAAGAUCAGCUUUAAAAUUAUUGAUAGAGCCACAAAACUUCAAAACAUGUUGUACACACAGAGUAUGGAUAGGUUGGAAUGUUAAACCUGAACUAGAAGGAGAGAUGUUGGUACCUGAUGUAUCGCGAGUAUUUAGACAGGCUAUUCAAGGUGCAGGAAAUACAGAUGAAUAUAUACAAGCAAUAUUUAACAGACCAAGAGUAGCUAAUUUACAAAGUGAUGUUUUAUUAACCGGGAUGAAUAAAUUAACUAACACAGCGUAUGAAGAAUUAAUAGUAGAUGAUUUAAAACAAUCAAUUGUUGUUUUACCUGGUGAAAUUACACUGUGUUAUCAAUCUGGAGGGUUCAUUAAAGAAUUCAACCAAUCUUCACAAGGUACACCAAUCUCAGUAUUUUACAAACAAGAUCAUACCCAUGAUUACACCUUAUUGAAUAAAUUAAUUAAAUGUUUUGGUUUUUAUGUCCCAGACAAAUAUCCACCUAGAAAUUUACAUAAAGGUUUGUUUAGGUAUUAUUUUAUGAAAAGAAAUAUAUAUUUAGUUGGUUCAGAGACAAUUUAUUAUCCAUAUUUACCCCAGGAUAAGAUCAGUGAGGUCAAUCCAGGCACUGGUGGAGGUUGA